AUGAAUCUGGAAGUGUGUAGUAACGGGGUGCACUCCCUUCGCUUUGGGAAGAUCACCACAGCUGAGGUACGGUGUCUGAUGUGCACAUCCGCAGUGGUGCAGUUCGAAGACGGUUCCAGCGAGGGCAACGCCAGUAGUGUCGAAGAGAAGGUACUCCAGUGGCUAAGAGCUUAUUUUUCGGGCGACCAUCAGCAGGCUAUGACGGCUGAGCUUCCGCCGAUUUGCGUGCUGAAGAGAAGGGACGGCUUUGCGUUGAAAGUGUUGCAGCGCCUACUGACGAUCAAGUUCGGACAAACGGCGUCGUACAGCGAAAUGGCGUCUAAGUGUGGUCACAAAAACAGCGCUCGGGCCGUUGGUCGAGUGGUCAGCGAAAAUCCCGCGGUUCUGAUGAUACCGUGUCAUCGCGUGAUAUUAAAAUCCGGCAAGGAAGGCCAUUUCAGCGGUGGCAAAUUGGACGCCUUGAAGAAAGCAUUGCUCAGCUACGAAAAAACUACGGUAUUUAGCGAAAACAACAGUAAGUUGGUAGAUAAUGCUAAUAUGUAA